ACGCACACUACGCAAAAACGUUACAAAAAAGUACAAACCAAAUUCGACCGUCUUCUUCUACGCCAGAUCAACACGAAACCCCCAAAUCUCCACCAUUUUUGAGAUCGUAUAUGCUUCAAAUCCAUUUCCACUAUACUCGCAUCCUUUCUCCAAUCUAACAUAUGGAAGAUGAUAAUGAUUUGGAGCAGGUUACGGGGAGUCCUUCGUCCGGAGAGAACGAAUUUGUUCAUGUUGAGUCAGUUGAUUCUGCUCAAAUGGAUGUUAAUUCGAUUGAUCAGGUUGAACACCUUGAGCAGGAUGAUGGUGUAGUGGUAACAGGAGUUGAUGCUGUACAAGAUGAGCUGCAUGCGGUAAGAACACAUGAAGAUGGGGGACAUGAUGAGUUUGUAGAUUGUCCAGAUGAUUUACUUUCUAGUGGAGGAAGGUCCCCUGCUUCUGAAAGUAGGCCCCGCCAACUGCCGUUUCGGGAUGAUACAGAACAUAGUCGGAAUCAGGCAUCUGAAAUUGAAAAACAAAUCAUUCCACAGGACUAUGAGGAAGAAAGAAGGAUGCUGAUAAAAGAAGUUACUAAUCUUCAUCGCCAACUCAAGGCUCUAAGCAAGCAACAACCAUUGAUUGAUGCAAGUUAUGCUGGCGAGUCUAGCGAUCUUACAUCAGGAACAGAAGAGGGUGAUGAAAAGUCCGUUAUACCCUUGCGUGAGAUGGUAAACGAGUGCUCCGGGUUUAUAGAGCUUUCUUUAAACGAGCGGUUACAGUCUGAAGGCACAAUUAAAGAGCUCUAUGCCACCUUGCAUGCGAAGGAUAAAGAGAUUGAAGAUCUUAUGACGAGGGUCAAUGAACAGUCAAUAUCACACGAUGUUCAGUCUUUCGAGGCUGUUGCGGAUAGGGUUUUAUCUUCUCUUGCAGUUGCUUUUGGUGACGCAGAAUUGUCCGAUACAUCUGUUAGUGGGAAACUUUCUCAUAUUGAAAAAAGCACAAUGUUUUUACUUGAGAAUUACCAUAACGUCCUUUCGGAAAUGCAAAUGCUUGCCCAUUGUUUGGCAGAGGUUAAUUCAGAUUUCCAAAUGGAAAACGGUAUGGUAAAUGUUUUUCCUUCUGUACGGGAUGAGUUGGUUAGGCUAAAAAGGAAAGAAUUUGAGUUAAAUGAAAAAAAUACCCUCUUAGAAUAUCAGCACGGACAACUGAUGGAACAACUUGACAAAAACAGAGAAACAAUCGAGGUGCUUAAUGCAGAAAUUGGGAAACUUAAAGCGGAAGUCGAACAGGAGAAAACGAGAUAUACUAAUACAAAAGAAAAGCUUAGUAUGGCUGUAACGAAAGGUAAGGCACUGGUCCAACAACGUGACUCAUUAAAACAGUCAGUUGCUGAGAAAACUAGUGAACUAGAAAGAUGUUUGUCCGAAUUGCAAGAAAAGUCAACUUCCUUAGAAGCUGCCGAGUUGAGAAAUAGUGAGUUGACUCAGACUGAAACUUUUGCUAACUCGCUGCAAGAAGCUCUUAUGCAACGGGACAUGGUCCUUGCAAAGUGUGCAGAAAUUCUUUCUUUAAGUUUACCAGAAGUUGCACAGUUUCCUAACUUGGAAUCGCAAGUUAGUUGGUUGUUAGAAUCGUUUAGUCUUGUGAAAGAUCAAUUAAUUAAGCUACAAGAUGAAUUUAACGCAACGAAAGAGGCCGCCAGUGCACAAAUUGAUCAUUUAACUGCAACAUUGCUAACCGAAUCACAGGAGAAACACCGUCUUAAAGAGGAGUUUGAAGAAAUGACAAGCAAGUAUGAAGAAGUUGUUGAGGAAAAGAAUCAGAUGAUUGCUACCACUAAAUCAUCACUCAAGGACAUUGAAGUACUUGAAAAGAUUCAAACUUUGUUGUAUGUAAAUGAUUUGGAUUCUAACAUCCAUGAGCAAAUUCUUAAGUUAGAACUAGUGAAGGUUUCUGAAGAACUUCGUGCUUCAAAAGAUGAGGUGAACUCUUUGCAGGUAAAUCUUCAACGAUCUGAGGAGAAAGCGUCUUUAUUGAGGGAGAAAUUGUCUAUGGCAGUUAAGAAAGGAAAGGGUCUUGUUCAAGAACGUGAGAACAUGAAACAACAAAUGGCUGAAAAGAACACUCAGAUUGAGGCGCUGAUGGUUGACUUUCAGAAACAAGAGUCAACAUUUAGUGACUACAGGGAUCAAAUCGCAAAACUGGAAUCUGAAAGGGAUCAAACUGGGCAGUUGUUAGCUCAAAGCAAUAUGAUGCUACAGGAAAUAGUUGAGAUAAUUGAUGGUAUUAAUAUUCUUUUUUCGGUAGAUUUGAAAGAACCAGUUGAGAAGGUGAAGUGGUUUACAACGUGUUUAAGUGAAUGGCAAAUUGCCAAGGCUCAAGCAGAACUGGAGCUAGGAUAUGUUAAAGGUGAAGCCAAUGAACUUGCAAGCAAGUUGACUGAAGCUUUGACCAACAUGAAAUCUCUUGAAGAUGCAUUAUUAGUUUCAGAGAAAAACGUGUCUCAAUUAUCUGAAGAAAAGAGGGAACUAGAAGUUUCAAAGAUUCAGGCAGAACAAGAAAUGGAAAUCUUAAAAGAUGAAAGUGGUAGAUUGAAUAUUAAAUUGAUGGAAACCCUAAAAACCUUGAAAUUACUGGAAGAUAAAGUCGCAGAUUCAGAGAAAACCAUCAGUUUACUAACCGAAGAGAAGAGUGAAUUAGAGGUGGCCAAGUGUCGCGUGGAAGAGGAAUUACAUAAAGCAAGGGAGGAAGUUACUUCUCAAACAAGCAAGUUUCAGGAGGCAUUGGCACUUGCAGAGAACAACAUGUCUAUGAUCAUGAGUGAAAAAGAAGAGGCUCAGAUGGAGGUACACAAAGUUAAAGAGGAAGUUUCUUCUCAUGCUAGUAAUCUUGAUGAAGCUAAAAAGACUAUAAAGUCCCUUGAAGAUGCAAUUUUACAGUUAAAUACAAAUGUUUCUCGGUUUUCUCAAGAAAACGAGAAGGCAGAAGACAGUAGAACUGUAUUAGUGAGUGAGAUAAAGAAGCUUAAAGAAGAAGCUGAACAGGAGAUUUCAACCCUGAAAACUGAGCUCGCUACAUGUAGGCAAGAGUUGGCAUCUAAGAAUGGUAAAAUGGCCCCACAGCUCGAGGGUUUCUUUGGCAAUCUUCAAGUGUUCUUGAAAGAUGAAUCUUUGUUGUUUUCGUUCAAGCAAAGUUUUGAGAGAAAAGUCGAAAGUUUGAGAGAAAUAGACCGUCUUCUAAAAGAUAUGAAGGAUAAUAUUGAUUCAGAACAGCUGCAAGACCAUCAUGAUAUUGAGGAACUUCAAUCGCCACCUUUCCUCCCUGCUGGUUUUGAAAACGAUUGGAACACUGGAUUAAUUUAUGAUGAGUUCAAUGCAGAAGAUACUGAGGGUAUUGGUUUAUAUGUUGGGAGAACUUUGGAUAACCUAAAUACAAAAAACCAAAUUCUCGCUAAUCAGUUUGGCAAUUUCUCGACCCUCAUUGAUGACAUAAUUGGAUCUUUGCUGAAACAGUUAGAAGCAAUAAGGAAUAAUAUCCCAUUUAUGGUUCAACAAACAAUAUCCUUGCAACAAAAUAUGAAAAGCAUGCAGAUGGACAAACAAAUGCAGGAUAAUAAAAUGGUAAUGCUGGAAAACAGCAUUAAAGUUCUUGUAUCUGUGUGUGCUGAUGUCACCAAAGAUUUGAAAUUUCAUCUUGAAAAUCAUAUGCUGCAAACGGACCCCACCAUUGGGGUUGAUGAUGUGGCAGUAACAGAUGUCAAGGCUGCUGCUGAUGAGCUGUUAUCUGCUGCUAGAAACAUUCAAAGUGUAAUUAAACAACAUGUUAGCGAUAAAGAGAACAUGUCCACCACACUUGAGCGUUUAAAAGUUGAAUUAGAGAAAAACAGUUCAAUGUAUGACAACUCAAAAGAAGUAAUUAAAGAAUUAGAGAGUGAAUUGGAGAAAAGUAGAUCAAUGUAUGACAAAUCAAAGGAAGUAAUUGAAGAAUUACAUGGUGAAUUAGAGAAAACGAGGUCAGUGUACGAAGAAGUCAAAGAAGAAAAUGAUGCACUCCAAAGAAAAGUUAUGAAAUUCGAGACUGAACUGGAAGCUUCUCGAAAUACGUGCAAGGAAAUGAGCCCCAAAUUAGAAGAUUAUCGGGCCAAAGAGGAAAAGUGGAAUGCAAGAGAAAAGGAGUUGUCUGCUCAAAGUAUUCCGCUUGUUAAAGAUCAUGAGGGUGAUUCUGAAAAUGCGCUUUUAUCCGCUUCACAAAUAAAAACCUUAUUUGAUAAGAUAGACGGGAUCACAGUCCCUUUCCCAAACCUUAUAGUUGGAGAGACACAGCCUCUAGAUUCAAACCCUGUUAAAAAACUCUUCUAUAUAAUUGAUAGUGUAAAUGAAUUGCUAGACCAGUUGACCUUGUUGACUCAUGCGAAAGAAGACCUGCGGUCAACCCUUUCAAAACAAGCCUUUGAAGUUGACCUUUUGAAGGGGGAAUAUAAAGAUGGGUUGCAAAAUAUUAUUCAAAAGUUUGGAGGUGAUGAAUCGAUCGGAGUCAAGAAACCUGCUGAUGUGGCAGGACUGCUUUUAGUACUGGAGAGGCUUGUUCAGGGCAUAGUUUUGGAUGGUAAAAAUUCAAGAUCCAAAGCUCAAGAAUUAUCAAGCAGAGUUAAAUUUCUUGAAGAUUUUAUUCAAAAUAGAACUGGUGCAUCUGACACUAUACAGAAAGCACCUUCCUUGCCAGCUGGAUCAGAGAUAUCAGAAAUUGAUGAUCAGGUUGCAGUUGGGAAGGCGGGGUUGCCUUUGGUCCCAUCUGCGGCCCAAAUGAGAUCUUUAAGAAAGGGAUCAAACGAGCAGCUUGCAAUUACCAUCGACUCAGAUUCUGAGCGUUUGCUUGAUAGAUCAGCAACCGUUGAAGAUAAAGGUCAUAUAUUCAAGUCACUUCAUACAUCGGGUCUUGUCCCAGUCCAAGGGAAAAUGAUUGCAGAUCGACUCGAUGGAAUAUGGGUAUCUGGCGGUCAAGCUUUGAUGCGUAGACCACGUGCACGGUUAGGGCUCAUAGCUUAUUGGCUUGUGUUACACUUAUGGCUUCUUGGCACUAUUUUGUGACCAUGAAAAAGGUUCUUUGAAGAAAGGUAAUCAAACCAGCCAUAAAGUCAAUCUCAUCAUGUACCAUAGGUAAGUAGCUCCAAUGGUUUUCGUUUUUUUCUUUUUUUUCUUUUUUCUGAUUUAUAUUUUUAUCUCAUUUUAUUUUAUUUUUGAAGAAUGUAUGUACAAAUUAAUAGUUUAUUGUUCUUUUGAUUCUCUGCAAUCUGAUUUUAGGGAUUCAGAGAAUCCAUAACCAUAAGCCUCCAUGUUUAAGGAGGAUGUUUUAUACUUGUUUCUCAUUUAUAUUGUUAUAGUGAUGGUGAUAAUUCCUUGACAUUUUUACUAGUUGUGUGGUUUAUUAU